GUGCAGGCGCAGAGAAUUGGGUUUGGCUGAACUAGAUUUAAAGAGACAGAAGCUGUCGCGGUCUAAGAAGACGAUCUCUAAAGCCGUCUCCCUAAGUCCUUGGGGCCAUUUCGGUCCCCAAAGCUGGGGAGAUGGUUUGUGGCGGCUUUGCCUGCUCCAAGAAUGCGCUGUGCGCGCUCAACGUGGUCUACAUGGUGAGGUUUUGAAGCUGGUAGGCUUGUUGCUCAUUGGAGUGGCUGCUUGGGGUAAAGGCCUGGGGCUGGUGUCCAGCAUCCGUAUCAUCGGAGGAGUCAUUGCUGUGGGGGUCUUCCUUCUUCUCAUCGCAGUGGCUGGACUGGUAGGCGCCAUUAACCACCACCAAGUACUGCUAUUCUUUUACAUGAUCAUCCUUGGCUUGGUCUUCAUUUUCCAGUUUGUAAUCUCUUGUUCAUGUCUGGCUAUUAACCGAAGCAAACAGACAGAUGUCAUCAAUGCUUCUUGGUGGGUCAUGAGCAACAAGACCCGGGAUGAACUGGAAAGAAGUUUUGAUUGUUGUGGCUUAUUCAACCUCACAACCCUGUAUCAACAAGAUUAUGCUUUCUGCACCGCAAUCUGCAAGAUCCGGAGGCCCACAUGCCAGAUGUGUGGAGAAAAGUUCCUUAAGCAUUCAGAUGAAGCCCUGAAAAUCCUGGGAGGUGUUGGACUCUUCUUUAGCUUUACAGAGAUUCUUGGUGUCUGGCUUGCAAUGAGAUUUCGGAAUCAAAAGGAUCCUCGAGCUAACCCCAGUGCCUUUCUGUAAGACUGUGGAUGCUUCUGACUUCAUUCCUGCUCUCCCUAAGCUAUUUCUUACUCCCUUAGGGAAAACCCAGGGUCAACAGCCUUUUUGUUUGAGAAAAAGGAAAGGCCCUUUGCCAUCCCCUAGUGAUUCAAUAGCCAGGCUCUCCACCUUGAUAUCUUAGUGGGAGCAAGAUUGUAGAGAAUGAAGAAACACUUCCUCUCUCCUUGAGUGGACAUGGGAAGUUCCUGGGAGUGCUUCAGAUGGUAUGGGGGUUGGAGUCAUUCCUGUCUAUCUCCCCUCUUCUCCCUUCCACAUGCUGGACGACCACCACGAAACAUCCUGGCCUGGCUCCAAGGGAAAAUCAGAGCCGGAGCCAGAGAGAAAACUACCAAGAACUCUUUCUUGUAAUAGCAGGACCCAGUUUGGGGGAAGUUCAGUGAAUAUAAAAAUAAAAGCCAUUUAAACUC